AUGGCGAUGCGACGAUUGACAUUGCGGCGAUUGCCAAAGGCCCCGCGCCUCGCAACUUACACGACAAGGCUAUGCCCUUCCCCGGUUCUGAGGUCCGCGGCGUACCUGUCGACGUCGACUCGCAAUGGAGCCGCCGUCUUCACUGAGCGCGUGAGGCCGCUCAUGGUAACUGAGUCGGAUACGUUCCCCCGCAGGCACAUUGGCCCGGAUGAUGGAGAGGCCGUGGAGAUGCUCAAGGCGCUCUCCCCGCCUGCCCAGUCUUUUGAUGAGUUCAUCGCUCAGGUCAUCCCCGCCAACAUUCUGUCUACGUCUCGAGAGCUGCUCAACCAGGAUUCUCAGGCCAAGAGCCGUCCUCUGGAUGAACGAGAUGUCGCCCGUCAGGCGAUUGAGAUGGCCGAGAGCAACGAGACUUUCACAAACUUCAUUGGCGCUGGAUACUCACCGACCAUCACGCCCGGAGUCAUUGCAAGGAACAUUCUCCAGAACCCCGCUUGGUACACGAGUUACACGCCCUACCAGGCCGAGAUCAGCCAGGGCCGUCUCGAGAGUCUUUUGAACUACCAGACUGUUGUGUCGGAUCUUACUGGACUUCCCGUCGCAAACGCCAGUCUUCUUGACGAGGGUACCGCCGCCGGAGAGGCCAUGACCAUGUCGCUUCACGCCCUGCCCGCGUCUCGCCAGAAGCGUCCCGGCAAGACGUAUGUCGUCUCCGACCGUGUCCAUCCCCAGACCCUUGCUGUGAUGAAGAGCCGAGCCGAGGGUUUCAAGCUGGAUCUCAAGGUUGUAGAUGUAUCUUCGGCUGAGGCGCUCGAGACCAUCAAGGCCCUGGGUCAGGAUUUGGUUGGUGUUUUGGUCCAGUACCCCGACACGAGGGGCCACGUCCACGAUUUCAAGAACCUCGCCGAUGCCGUUCAUGAGCAGGGCGCCCUUCUCAGCGCCGCUACCGACCUCCUCGCCCUCACGACCCUCGCGCCUCCUGGCGAGUGGGGUGCUGACAUCGCCCUCGGCAGCGCCCAGCGCUUCGGUAUUCCUCUAGGCUUUGGUGGUCCCCACGCUGCUUUCUUCUCGGUCCAGGAACACCUCAAGCGAAGGAUGCCUGGACGAUUGAUUGGUAUCUCGAAGGACCGCCUUGGAAACCCCGCCUUGAGGUUGGCUCUGCAAACCCGUGAGCAGCACAUUAGGCGAGAAAAGGCGACGAGCAAUGUGUGCACUGCUCAGGCGCUCCUCGCCAAUAUGAAUGCCAUGUACGCUAUCUACCACGGUCCUGGCGGCCUCAAGGCGCAGGCCGAGAAGCUUACGACCUGGGCUCGUCUUGUACAGGCCGUAGCUGAAUUCUACGGCAUCGAGACCGAGAAGAGCUCGCUUGACCCGCAGGGCCGCGUCCUCUUCGACACCGUUGUGCUCAAGGCUGGCGAGCAAGCUCAGGCUAUUCUUGAGAGGGCUCGCCAGGUGCGCUGUAACCUGCGAGACUUUGGCAAUGGCGAUGUCGGAAUCAGUGUGAAUGAGCAGCUGACGCCGCAGGAUCUUCAAGUUCUCCUCGAGAAGGUCCUCAAGGAGUCUGCUACCAAGAACCAGUCCGUCUCCUAUGAGGAGGCGUUCGAGCAGGCUGUCCAGGAGGUUGGCGAGUCCUCGUCAAUCCAAAUACCCUCUGUUGUCAAGCGUACCUCCGAAUUCUUGACCCACCCCGUCUUCAACACCUAUCACAGCGAGACCGAGCUCCUCCGUUACAUCUACCACCUCGAAUCCAAGGAUCUGUCGCUUGUCCACUCUAUGAUUCCUCUAGGAUCGUGCACGAUGAAGCUUAACGGAACGACCGAGAUGGAAAUCAUUACCCUCCCCGGAUUUGCCAACCAGCAUCCUUACAGCCCUGCCGAGCAGAACCGCGGCUACCAGCGUCUGAUUGGCGAGUUGGAGGAGCAGCUGGCCACCAUUACCGGUAUGGACGGCACCUCCAUUCAGCCCAACUCGGGCGCUCAGGGAGAAUUCGCCGGUCUCCGCGUCAUCCGAAAGUACCACGAGACGCAGCCCGGCCCCAAGCGUGACAUCUGCCUUAUCCCCGUCUCUGCCCACGGAACGAAUCCCGCUUCGGCGGCCAUGGCGGGAAUGCGCGUGGUCCCCGUUAAGUGCAACGCCACCACUGGUAACCUAGAUCUCGCGGAUCUCGAGGCCAAGUGCAAGAAGCACGCCGAGGAACUCGGCGCCAUGAUGAUCACUUACCCCAGCACGUACGGUGUGUUCGAGCCCGAAGUCAAGAAGGUCUGCGAGAUUGUGCACCAGUACGGCGGUCUCGUGUACAUGGACGGCGCCAACAUGAAUGCCCAGAUUGGUCUCAGCUCGCCCGGCGAGAUUGGUGCCGAUGUCUGCCAUCUCAACCUUCACAAGACCUUUUGUAUUCCCCACGGUGGCGGUGGUCCCGGUGUUGGCCCAAUCUGUGUUAAGAAACAUCUUGUUCCUUUCCUGCCUGCCAAGUCUCCUCAGGCGGAUCAGCCGAUGGUUAGCAGCGCGCCCUAUGGUAGCGCCAGCAUUCUGCCCAUCAGCUGGGCUUACAACAAGCUUAUGGGCACCGACGGUCUUCGCAAGGCCACCAAGUUCACUCUCCUCAACGCCAACUACCUCCUCGCCCGCCUAAAGCCCCAUUACAAGGUCCUUUACACCAACGAGCACGGCCGCUGCGCUCACGAGUUCAUCCUCGACGCCCGGCCCUUCAAGGAAUCCGCCGGCGUCGAGGCUAUCGACAUCGCCAAGCGUCUCCAAGAUUUCGGCUUCCACGCCCCGACCAUGAGCUGGCCCGUCGCCAACACACUCAUGAUCGAGCCGACGGAGAGCGAAAGCAAGGAGGAGCUCGACCGGUUCGUCGACGCGUUGGUGGCGAUUAGGCAGGAGAUUCGCGACGUCGAGGAGGGCAAGGUGCCGAGGGAGGGUAACGUUUUGAAGAUGGCGCCGCAUCCCAUGUCGGAUAUCGUGGAGGGCGAUGGACAAGGCAAGUGGGAUAGGCCUUACUCGCGGGAGCAGGCUGCGUAUCCUGUGGCGUGGCUUAAGGAGAAGAAGUUCUGGCCUAGCGUUGCCAGGGUGGAUGAUACCUAUGGCGAUCUGAACCUCUUCUGCACUUGCCCUCCGGUCGAGGACACCACGAAACAGUAG